AUGUCUCCAACGCAGACAGUAUUUGUAAUACUAGUUGUGUUGCUAUUUUCAUCACUAGCAACUUCUGAUGAAGUACUCGACAACGUUCUUAAGUGUCUUGCAAAUCAUGUUGAACCAUCUAAACCAAUUCUUGAAUCCAUUUAUACACCCGCCAACUCGUCUUUUCGAUCUGUUUUACAAGCUUACAUCAAGAACCGCAGAUUUUUAACUCCUUCGACAACGAAACCACUUGCUAUAAUAGCAGCACAGCAUGAAUCCCAUGUUCAAGCAACUGUUAUUUGCGCCAAGUUACACGGUAUGCAGAUCAGAAUCCGAAGCGGGGGCCAUGAUUUUGAAGGGCUUUCGUAUACGUCAGAUGUUCCCUUUAUCAUUCUUGACAUGUUCAAUCUCCGAUCUAUCGAUAUAGAUAUCGACUCAGAGACUGCUUCGGUUCAAGCCGGAGCAAUUCUUGGUGAACUUUAUUACGAGAUCGCCAAGAAAAGCAAAGUCCACGCUUUUCCUGCCGGAGUUUGCCUUACUCUCGGCGUCGGUGGACAUUUUAGCGGCGGAGGGUAUGGUACAAUGAUGAGAAAAUACGGCCUUUCAGUGGAUAACAUAAUUGAUGCACAUAUAGUGGAUGUCAAUGGAAAUAUACUUGACAGAAAAUCCAUGGGAGAGGAUUUGUUUUGGGCCAUUAGAGGAGGAGGUGGAGGAAGUUUCGGAGUCAUUCUCUCGUGGAAGAUCAAAUUAGUUAGGGUUCCGGCGAAAGUAACUGUAUUUUCGGUGCCGAGAACAUUGGAACAAGGUGCGACGGAUAUAGUUUACAAAUGGCAACAUAUUGCUACUAAACUAGAGAAAAAGCUCUACAUCAGAGCACAACCAGAAGUUCAAAAGCCAAAAAAUGAGACUCAAAAGAAGACCGUAAGAGUAUCAUUUAUCGGUCUAUUCUUAGGAGAGAGUAGCAAGAUUCUUACCUUGAUGAACACGAACUUCCCUGAACUGGGUUUAACACAAGAAGACUGCAAAGAAGUGAGUUGGCUGCAAUCCACGAUAUUUUGGAAUAAUCUUCCAAUCGAAUCACCGCCAGAGAUUGUGCUCAACAGAAGUAUACCUGCAGAUAUAUUUUACAAAAGUAAAUCAGAUUAUGUCAAAAACAUGCUUUCAAAGAAAGACUUGGAGAACAUAUGGAAAAUGUUCUUGAAAACAGAAGGAAUGGUUUUACAAUGGAAUCCAUACGGAGGAAGAAUGAGUGAAAUUUCAGAUUCCGAAACUCCGUUUCCUCAUAGAAAAGGUUAUCUAUUCAAGAUUCAGUACUUCACACUAUGGUUUCAAGAAGGGGCAGAGACGAGCAACCGUCAUAUAAGAUUGGCAAGACAAAUGUAUGAAUCAAUGGCUACAUAUGUAAGUAAAGAUCCAAGAGAGGCAUUUCUAAAUUAUAGAGAUCUUGACAUUGGAAGCAAUCCGAGCAACGAAACGAACUUUGAGAAAGCCGAGAUUUAUGGAAAUAAGUAUUUCAAGAACAACUUCAUGAAGUUGACAGAGGUGAAAAAGAGAGUUGAUCCAGAUAAUUUCUUCAAAAAUGAGCAGAGUAUUCCACCCCAACUUGCUUGAUCAGCAAACAGACAAACAUUCUUACUUUAAUAAUUUCAUGGCGGCUUUCUAUUUUUUGUUUGCUUAUAAAUAAAAACUCUUUUGUAUGGAUAUGGUUGAAUAUUCAACCCAUAAAUAGCGACCCUUAUGCACCAAUAAUAUAUUUAUAUUUAAUCA